AUGAGCCUGUUGAUCAGAAAAAAAGGCCACUAGACUGGUAAUGACACAGUCCAGCGAUCAGAAGGAGACGUCUGCACUGAUCCUCUCAGUCUACCUCAAGAUACUGUCUGCUCCUCCGGCUGCUCCUCCGGCUGCUCCUCCGGCUGCUCCUCCGGCUGCUCCUCUGGCUGCUCCUCUGUCUGCUCCUCUGUCUGCUCCUCCGGCUGCGGGACGAAGAUGUGGACCGCUGCUCUCCUCACGGUGCUGCUGUCCUCCGUGCACUCUGAUGACUACUGCUACAAUGAGCCACACUGUGAUCCUUACGCUUGGGGAGACAUGUUCCCGUCAUGUCACCCUCUACUUGAAGAGAACCACUCUCCCAUUAAUAUUAAUCUGGACCAGCACACCACCAGGAAUGUGUCUCUGGGGCCUUUACACCUGGAGGGCUUCGAUGAGACCCAGCCAGGCCACUGGACUCUGAAGAAUGACGGACACUCAGUCGUGCUGCAGGUCGGCGGUGGGAUGUCGGUGAGCGGUGGAGGUCUUCCAGAUGUGUACCACACCAUCCAGCUGCACUUCCACUGGGGCGGCCCGGCCUCGAACGGCUCGGAGCACACGCUGGACGGACGCAGAUUCCCCAUGGAGAUGCACAUAGUCAACAUGAAGUCCAUCCAUCCCAAUCUCACAGCGGCCCUGGAUGAUCCAACUGGACUGGCUGUGCUGGGAUUCUUCAUUGACGUUGCUUAUGCAGAGAAUGUGCACUUUGGACACAUUUCACAAAAACUGUCCUCAGUGGCUUACAAAGGCCAGACGAGCAGAGUCAGGCCGUUCCCGCUGACGAGCCUCCUGCCGAAGCACAACAUGACUCAGUAUUACCGCUAUUCCGGCAGCCUCACCACCCCCCCCUGCUCCCCGGUGGUCCUGUGGACUCUGUUCGAGGUCCCCAUCUUCAUCUCCUGGUCUCAACUGGCCCAGUUCACCUCUCAGAUCUUCUCCACGGAGGAGGAUGCAGAGCAGGUGACCCCCCUGCAGAACAACUUCAGACACCUGCACCCGACCUUCAGCCGAACCAUCUCCGCCUCCAGGGACGCCAGACUCCUGGUGGGGGGGGCCGGGCGUCCCCUCGGGUCCUCUGUGUCCCUGCAGCUGCUUCACAUGGUUCUACUGGGGGGUUUCCUCUCGGCUCUUUAGCUCUGCCUCAAAGUUCAAAUCACAAAAAAACGUGACAAGAAGGGAUUCACUUUUUUUUUCUGUGAUCAGAGAAACAUUUGAACCUGAGGUAGAGUUUACAGAUCUGUAGAGGUUGUCCAGCAAUGAAUACACAUACAAAAAACUGAGGAAAAGUACUGUUAUCACUUAACUU